AUGAUCUUUGUAAGGAGGAUGUUGCAGCAAGCGCUCAGAGUGUCCGGCCGGAGCUCCUUCCCUCUGGUCAAGUGGAUGGAGAGGUGGGCCGAAGGCGCAGCAGCAGCCGGGCCGGACGGAACCAAGGCGGUGAGGACUCUGGACGACAUGCCCGGACCGUCGUUAGCCAGCUUCGCCUGGGACUUAUUUGCCAAACGUGGUCUGUCACGCCUGCAUGAGUUACAGCUGGAAGGAGCGCAGCGGUAUGGCCCCAUGUGGAAGGCCAGCUUUGGUCCCAUCCUAACGGUUCACGUGGCCGACCCAGCGCUCAUCGAGCAGGUCCUGAGGCAGGAGGGCCAGCACCCUAUGCGUUCAGACCUCUCCUCCUGGAAGGACUACCGGAAGCUCAGAGGGCAUCACUUUGGGCUUUUGACAUCUGAGGGGGAGGAGUGGCAGGCGGUGAGGAGCCUCUUGGGGAAACACAUGCUGCGGCCCAAAGCAGUGGAAACUUAUGAUAAAACCCUGAACAGCGUCGUCAGUGACCUCAUUGUCAAACUUCGCCUCAGCAGACAUCCUCAAGGCCUCGUCACUGACAUCGCCAGCGAGUUCUAUCGCUUCGGCCUCGAGGGUAUUUCCUCAGUGUUGUUUGAAUCCAGAAUCGGUUGCCUGGAUCAGGUUGUUCCAGAAGAGACGGAGCGAUUUAUUCAGUCAAUUAACACAAUGUUUGUGAUGACGCUUCUCACCAUGGCCAUGCCGAAGUGGAUGCACCAGUUGUUCCCUAAACCCUGGAGCGCCUUUUGUCGGUGCUGGGACUACAUGUUUGAAUUUGCUAAAGGCCACAUCGACCAGCGUCUGAUGGCCGAGGCGGAGAAGGUCGCCCGAGGAGAGAAGGUGGAGGGCCGCUACCUCACCUACUUCUUGUCACGGACUGGGAUGCCCAUGAAGACAGUCUACAGCAAUGUCACAGAGCUGCUUCUUGCAGGAGUUGACACAAUCGCCAGCACUAUGUCCUGGUCAUUGUACGAGCUGUCCCGUCACCAGGAGGUGCAGGAAAAGCUCCGGGAAGAGGUGUUGACCGUGCUGGAGGGUCGAAGGAUGCCAGAGGCUGCAGAUGUGGCCCGCAUGCCUCUCCUGAAGGCCACAGUCAAAGAAGUGCUGAGGUUGUACCCUGUCAUUCCUGCUAACGCAAGGGUCAUCACAGAAAGAGACAUCCAGGUUGGAGGCUACCUCAUUCCUAAAAAUACUCUCAUUACCCUGUGCCACUUUGCAACAUCACGGGAUCCAGCAGUGUUUCAGAAUCCAGAUGAUUUCCAGCCCUGCCGAUGGCUGAACAAGGACCAGACUCACCACCCGUACGCCUCUGUGCCCUUCGGUGUGGGAAAACGCAGCUGCAUAGGACGCCGAAUCGCCGAGCUGGAGCUCUACCUUGCACUAGCCAGGAUCCUCAUAGAGUUCGAUGUGAAGCCGGACCCAGAGGGGGUUUCUGUGAAACCCAUGACAAGGACGCUUCUAGUUCCUGAAAAUGUCAUCAGCCUCCAGUUUAUUGAACGAUGACCCACUCUCCUGAGCUGAUCAGUUACGUGAAUGUGAACGUGAGUCCCUCGGCAAUUGGAAGAACUAGCGGGCGGCGUUAUCACAGGAACCGUGAUCCUGCUGCACGCAGCCGUUCUUGUCAGAGCAGACCUUCAACCUUCGAUGGAGGCCAAACACCUUCGUACCUGCAGCCUGUGGUGUGCACGCCGACAUGUGGGGAAUGACGAAUGAAAGAAGGGGUGACAGCUCAUCACUGAGGCAUUUCACUGGGGAAGGUGUUGCAAGCAACUUAACACUGUUUUUAACUAAAGAAGAUCACCGCUAAGUGCUUAUUUGCACACAGGCCAAGAGCAAACAAGUGAU